GUGGACCGAACGAUGGCCGCCGUGGCCUUUGGUGUGUGACACAAAUUACGCUUUGGCUCUAUAGAUGGGCUUGCUUUGGCUCGUGCAGACGUGCACGCACUUCAACUUCAAAUUCUGUUGAUUUUAGAACGGUGAUUGGGGAAUUCGUACUUUGACUAUUGUGAUUUUUCGUAAUAGGAUCUUUGUUUUGGUGGUCUGUUUGCAAUGCCACCCUGCCUGGUGCCGGGAUGCAGGCCAGGUUCAGGUUCUGGCGGGCGUGUCUCGUUUCAUUCUCUGCCAAAGGACGAGUCACUGGCUAAGCACUGGCUUGAAGUCUGUGGUCGCUUAGAUUUACUGACUAGUAAGUCAGGCAAGCAUGCUAAAAUAUGUUCUGCUCAUUUCCGGAAGUCUGAUUAUAAAAAUGAAAUGAAGUAUCACCUGCUAGUGGCUGGUAAUUCAGUUGUAAAACCCCGCCUCAAGGCAGAUGCUGUUCCAUCACUAGUUUUGGCUGGAUGGAAAAGGAUAAGGACUGGGCCUCGGGAGAUCCGACCAGCUGUACCGAGGGACCCUCAGAAAGAGCAGGAGCGACGGCAGCAUGUUAGCGAGGCUCUGCAUGCAUACGAGACUGGCCAGCUGGAUGGCGACCCAGUUCAAAACCUGCGUCACCAGUUUAAGAUGCGUCGUGCGCGCGGUCACCUGCCAGCCGCAGCCCCGGGCUCAGAGGAGCUGCCAGCACCGUCGCGCAGCGCCGACCCGGUGCGUGUGUUCACCUCUCGCGGCUUCGCCGAGCAGCUGGCGGCGGAGAGCGGCGACGACGGUGACCCCGAGUCGCUGCAGCUGCUGACCGGAGCUGGAGCGGCCGGCCGGAGCUCGUUAGUCACCUUUGCCUCGGUCGGUCGGAGCUCUGACCCUAUGACAGGUCGGAGGGGCCGGCCGGCGCAGUCCGUGACUGUAGUAGCGGGCGGGGAGCACCAGCUGCCGCGACGGCUGCGCACCGUGCUCAGUGGCCAGCAGCGACUCUGCUCACUGCGUCUGACGCUGCAGCGGCAGACUGACCAGCUGCAGGCGCUGCAGGCGCGGCACGAGCUCGAGCUGGAGCAGCGCGACGCCGGCGACGAGCCGCCGCACGCGCUGUUCCCGCCGGUGGACGCCGCGCUGGCGGACGCGGACGGCGCGGCCACCGGAGACCUCCUGCUGUCGCCGUCCACCCUGGAGGAGGCCAAUGGCGAGCUGCAACGACUCCGGGACGAGAUGCUACAACUUCGCACUGCGCUCCUGGAGAGCGCCGUGGCGGCCAACGAGCGAGCCCUAGAGGCCAACCGGCAGCGUGUCGAGCUUCUCUCGGUGUUCACACCGCGCCAGACGGAGGUGCUGCUUGGCCACAGGCUGCGUGCCGACGACUGGGACGUCGAGGACCUGCGUAGGGCCGUGGCGCUGCGUCGUGUUUUCACACGUGGCCAGUACGAGCACCUACGUCUACAGAUGCGUCUGCCGCUGCCGGCACUGCGACACGCAUCAGUUGCGGCGCAGACGUCUGCCCAAAAGCGACGUCUGUAUCAGACACUACUCGACCACCGAAGCCAGGAGCUUGAGGCAGUACCUUCACCAGAAGCAAACAGCCAAACCACUAUGGUACAAAAGCGUCAGGGUGAACUGCUUGUUCUGCGCGGCAUGCCUUCAGGUCAUGCUCGUAGGACAAUUCAGAAGACAGAGGUAGAGCCGGUUCCUGCGGAACGUCAUGUGGAUCCAUCUUAUCAACGGGUUAGCGUUGAGGGCGUCGUAGAUCACACCGGUGAUACUGGUGGCAGUGGCGAGUUAUUCGACGCGCUGGUGAGUGGAGAGGUGGUGGUGGACGAGUGUGACGCCGCAGAGGACGAGGCUGCUGUCGAUCCGAUGGAGCUGGCAGAUCUUCCUCUGGAACAGACGGUGACAGACGAGGUCGAAAUCGGCUGGGAGGAGGAGGAACCAGCCGACACCGUCGCGGACGCACCACGCUCGCGGCCCUUGAAGGUGGCAGUCACGCCGGCCCGCCGGGUCUCGCUCGUGUGACGACACCACGAGAGACUUGCACAUGGGCCGGCGUCGUCGUGACCGAUAGUUGAUACUGAUGCUUCUUGCUAUAUUGUAUUUUUCGUGUAUCGAAUGUACGCUCACUUCUGUUUACUAGGUCCAUAUUGCCUCUUAUGAAUGUAUCUGUGACCUGUGUUUAUUUAGCAAUGACACGCACCUAGCCAGCAAGACUGGAGCGUGCAUUAGGUGGUUUGGCUGUUUUGUGUGCAAAGAUUGCGCAUUUUUUGAGCACAUGACAUUUUUUGCCAGCAUGUACGUGCAUUUGUAUUGUAUUUUGCGAUCCUUUUCUUUUUUCAUAUGAAUAGUGGAAAGUUGGUUAUA